AUGCCGCUGCUGCUGCUGCCGCCAUGUUCCCUCCUCUGCACCACCAGCAACACGCAGGGCAUGGCGCUGGGCGACAUGUUCAAAAUCGAGGGGGGCCGCCUGCGGCCCGUGGUCACCGUGCUGCCCAUCCCCGUGCGGGCAAUCGUCAUGCCGCUGUCCGACAUACAGGCGGCGCUGCGGCUGGAGGAUGCGGUGCAGCGCCACCUGGACCCGCUCAUGCCGCCCAACGGUAUCUGGAAGCAGCACCACCGGCUGUACCACUCCACCAUCUUCCACGCAUCCACGCACAUGGACCCGGUGCGUGCGGCGCCGCGGGAUGUGGACAUGGAGGAGUACUUGAUAAAGGACGUGGGGCACAAGGCCUGCCCGCUGCACCUGACCCUAGAGCGCAUCGUGGCCACGCCCAGCGGCACCGUGCUGGCGUGCUGGCAGAUCAUGAACGGCACCGAUGUGUUGGACAUCCGCAACUGGCUGGAAGAGAUCCUGCCGCACCACAGCAAGCAGCAGGUGGUGCAGGACCGCACCAUCCUGCACACCACGCUCGCCCGGCUGGUGGCGCCGCCCAAGCUGGACGGCCUCGCGGCGGCGGCCACGGACGGCGGGCAGGGCGGCGGCGGCGCGGCGGCCGACGCGGCAAGGGUGCUGCAGGCGGCGGCGGACCGCAUGACCACAGACCUGUGCGGCCUGCGCACAGUCAUCGACAAGAUGUGGUUUGUGGAGGAGUACGAGAAGCUGGCCCUUGCGCUGCGGGGCACCUUCCGGCAGCGGGAGGUACCGAUGGAGUGCGAGCCGCUCUACUAG